GGUUCCUGUUGUGUGGCUCAGCCGGUGACUAGUGACAGCAGCAGCAGCAGCCUCCCAGUGUACUACCUACCUGUCAGACAGACACGGCGGAGUGUCCACGGGAUGAGAAAAUGAAAACAUGGAGAUUCUACACCUGGGAUUUUUAAAAACCGAGAGUCUCAGCUGAACCAUGAAACUCGCCUCUGUGGCCUUUUACGGGUUUGCUCUGGCUCUUUUGGCGGUUGGCCUGCGAGAGUUGCUGACUGGCUUCGAGGAGAACAGAUGCAGUAUGACCUACAUGUUUGAGUAUCCAGAGUACCGGGUGAGUCUCCACGCUCGUUAUUAACACUUUCACCUUCAUUCUGUCACAAAUUAAGAAGAAAAGGACCGUAUUUGUGCCGUUUUUCUCCAUGCUGAAGCUCAAUAUCGUUAUCAUGCUAAAACGCUACUUUCACCUCAAAAUGCAACGACUAAAAUGUUGUUUCCUCCUCAGAUUAACAAUUAUUUAAGUCCUUUAACGUGUUUACAUCUAUUUCCUGACACAUGCUGGGUUACCUCAUGUAUUUCCUCAAUGGUUUCUAUAAAUAACAAUACUCACCAGGGGCGUGUCCACACUUUGAUGACUGGGGUGGCCCAUAUGGGGUGCUGCCUGAUGCAGGGGGGGCAUGAAGUGGUAUAUACACACAUUAAUAGUGUUUCUGUCACUUUUAUAUGCAGUAUAUACUCUGGAUUUUCAGGGCUUGACAUUGUGACCAUUUCACUCGUAUUGUAACACGUAUUAGGGGCACAUGUGCGUGUAUAAAAAUUAUUUGCAUACCGUGGUGAAGUUAGUUUUAGGUUGGAUAUCUGACGGACAUUCACUGCAGAUCUAACAGUGUCUUCUUACUCUCUAUAACCGGGAAUAGCAACAGCAGCGCGGUUAAUGGUGGGGUAGCAGGAAUCCGUUAACAAAGCAUCUUUUUUUGUGGUGUAAAUACAAAAAGGCUUUUAAUAUCAGUCAAUAGCUAUUAGUCAUGGAUGACAUUUGGUAAUAUAACGAUAUCUCUGUGUUCUCUUGUGUCUGUCGUUCAAGAGCCCAGACAAAGUUAGCGUGCUACAAUACAAUAUUCAACGUCGGGUGUUGAAUAAGGGACCGUCAAUAAAUUACCGGUUGAUGUUCUCACAAAAGGCCUUUUUCCCUCAAUAGCUUCCAUGUCAUGUGACCAAAAGACCUAAAAUUAAUUUCAAAUAAUAGUACUUAAGUUGACCGAUAAGACACACCUCUUCAUUUCAUCAAUUUUUAUCCUGCCCCUGAAGUUCUUUGUGUGCUCCUUACUUUCUCAACUUGUAAAGAAAGUUAGUGUCAAGCCCUGAUUUUAUCAUAAUCCCUCUUAGCUUUAUUCUCAAAGUUCUCAAACUGAAGAUCAUUGUCCAAAAUCGGAAUCAAAAGACCUUCAAAAAUUUUACGCAAACUCCUGCUGUCAGAAACGUCUACCUUUGUAAUGCAUCAGUACCAAAAUCUCACCACUAGAGGCAUUUAAGAGAGUUAAGAGAGUGUUUGCAUCAUGUAGUGGCAUCUGAGUAUACAUAAGUGCCACCCUUGGCCACCCUCCGAGACACAUCCCUGGCUCCCACGCUCGCCUCUUUGUUUGUAGGUGUGUUUGGUAAGCUUUGGAUUAGAUCGGCUAAAAUUAGAGCGGUUAUAAACCAUAAAUCAAGGGCUGAUCCUUGAAUCCUCUCAGUGACUGAAUCAGCUUUGCGAGGAGCAAACUUGUGUCGUACAUACUAGUUUACAGCAAGUCAGGUAAGGAUAGCAUCAGAGAGGAUGGUAGUGAAGCCAUGCAGGCGGAUUUUAAUGUGUUCAUCUGCCCAGAAGUGGAGCACAGCUGGGGGCUAUCUGCCGUAUGAGCUUUGGCCUUAUUGAACACGUGAUAGGAUGUCUUUUUGUUAUGAAGCAGAAUACAAAGAGACCCAUAUAUCUAAAAGGAUCUGUCUCCUUUGUGUUUGUGGUUAUUAAUGGAAACUAUAAGCCCCUGUGAUAAAUACUGGGUAUGUGGGGAAGGACAGUAACUCAUAAGAAGUUAAAUAACCUCUCAUUGAUAAACCAUAAUAAACUGUAGGUAAUCAGAUUACCUCCAUAGGAAUCCAGACAGACCGGUUUUAUUCAGGUGGAGUUUGUUUAUUCACUGCUCUAGUUUCUGACUCGCCUGAAAACGUGUUUUAAAAAAGUUAAAAACUUGAUGAUUUGAUCAUGACUGAGUUCGAUGUUGUGUUCACAGCGAGUCGCUCUGCCUCGACGGGUGGCCAGACUGUACCCGGCGUACGGGCUCUACCUGUACGGAGAGGGCGUGUACGCGCAGGAGACCAGGGCGCUCAAACUCACCGGUGCACCUGUGCUCUUCCUGCCUGGAAAUGCAGGCAGUUACAAACAAGGUGAGAGCACAACAUCAACAAAAAGUUUAACACUGACUGCUCAAAAGGUGGAUCACAGGGUUUGCUUUUAAAUGACAGCCAGCUCAUCUUAAAUAUGUGAUAUUGAGCAAAACUCUAAUGUAACCCCCUUGGAAAACAGUCCUAAUGCAUGUGUUGUAGUGAGCUGUUGGACUGAUUUAAGUCUAAUUAUAGAGUUAAAUCAGUUAUUGUUAAAUUUUUCUUGCAUUUUCAUUUUGCUGCGAAUCACGCUCAGUGUCCAACAGCUGAUGUAAGUUAUCAGGUUGAGAUGAUUGGCCCAAAUCACUGACUCCUGAUCAGUAAAUAAUGAUGUGAUGAUUGACUAAAGGAUAGAAAGAUCUCUUGUUGAGGUUGAUUUAAAAAAAAAAAAAAACGAGUACAGCGCCCAGUUUUUAAUGAUUAGUUUCUGCAUAACAAACAAACACGCUGAAUUGUUCUUUGUAAUGCUGCCCAGAAAAUCAUCUCAGUAAUGAAGUUUAGAUGCUGGAGAUCACUGAUAAACAAUAGAGAUAUGUUAGUUUCAUUUAUUUGCAAUAAACACAGGCAGUAUUUUUAUUAUACCUGACAAUACACACUCUUUUCUUAGGUAUAAUAACUCAAAUAAUGUGCAGUAACAUGUCCAAAUGUUUCUCUGUGUAAAGCAGUUUUUCUUCUAGAUUUUUCUAUAACACUUUUUGCACAGCUCUAUGAGAACUUUCUGAUAUUAUCUCUGUAUGCAUUAUGAGAGUGAACCUUUUCCUCCAUUUUUACCUCUUCCUAAGGUUCAUCUAAUCUUGAUUUGAAGACCGCUCUUUUCAAAUAUUUUGUUCUUUUGCUCUCCGUGUUUUAUUUCCUGCUGUAUUCAUAGGAUUUGUUUGUUAUUGUAAGAAAAUGUCACAAACAUGCAAAAUCUCACUUAAGAGGAGUUCAGGGAAAUAACACCCGUUUUUGAUUAUAGCUUUCAUCUAUCUCUGCACGUUCUCCACCCGUUUUUUACUGCUCUUUGGAGACAUUGUGCAACUCCAGUGAUAAAAAAAUCGAGUUUUGUUUGACGGCUUGACAGGUGACCUCUAAAUCAGUGACUUAUUAAGCAGAACCAGGUGUGUUAUUGUCGAAAUCGAACAGAUAUGGAGCAGAACUGUGUCGUGCAGGUAGACGCUGAUUAAAGUCGUUUUUUUCUGGAGCUGCAUUCAAAAGUUUUUUAUUCUUUUAUGACUCAGAGCCCAAAAUAUCUUAAAAGAGGUUCAAGCUUGAGAAAGAGUCACAACACUUCUGUUUUUGAAGAUUGUCUUUUAUGCAGUUGUAAUGAAAACAUGAACCUGACAAUAAUAGAAUAACCGGCUGGUAACAGACCCGAUAAAGUGACAGCGUCUCUGUUCCUACGUUUGUCUGCAGUGGUCUGCUGUGGAUCUUUGAUUUUAAAGGAUCGUAUCUUUCUCCUCUCCGCUGUGAUCACUGGAAAGUCCCAGUCAGGCUCCCACGCCUGAACAUUUACUAAUAAAAGCAUCUUAACCAACAAGUGUUUACAGAGAAGUCACCACCCGAUGUUCUCGAUCUUCUGUCUCUGAGUUUUGGAUCUUGGUCGUUGUCCAAAAACGUCCUAAAUUUACUGUGAAUAUUUGCUCGGGCUUCGGUUUAUUCGGAGUCAGUCCUCGAUCUGUUGCUGUAAAUACUCUGUAGAAAACCUCAAGUGUUAAUUAAUUAAUUAAUCUGCAGCUGAAAAUAGUCCCUUCACAAAUAGACUCUUGAACCCUGAUGAGGUGAAGUUUGCAAAUAAACAACAGUUCUCCUGCGGUUUCAGGGAAUCAAGAAGUCCAUAAUGAGGUAGUCGUCGACGGAUGGAUUUCUGACCUCUUAUCUGCGUAUUUUCUCACACUUAUGCCUCCAUGUUUAAUCUUCAAUCAACUGAAUCUGUCCUGAUUUUAUACUGACUCUUUGUUCCUGUUAUCAGCCGAGUGUAGGAGGACUACAGGCACGUGAAAACAGACAGAUUUUCUGUGGUGUUUGUGAAGAUGCUCCUCCAUCUUCUCUGCUCCUUAAUAUUUCCAGUCUGACCUGAAACCCUUCAGGCUGUUGUUGUAUUCUUAACAGCAGCUGCUGUGUUUGUUAAGCCAAAAGCUUCGCCCGUUCAAACAGCUUAGAGUUAUUGUAGUGUCAGAUGGGAUCAGGUUGUGGUUCUUGUGUUUCUCUGCUCCACUCUCCUGUAUGGAAGAUCCCUGUAUGUAAAUUUAAUGAACCUAAUCAGCUGAAAACUUCCUUUCUCUGUCAACGGGAGCUGCUGCAGGGGCUGAUCAAUAAUUCAUAAUCAAAUUUAGAAAUUUGCAUACAAGAGCGUCAAAAGAGCUCUGGUGUUUUUUCCAUCUGGGCUCCUCUCUUAUGUUGUUUCAACUGUCAGCCAUGAAAAAGGGAAAGACAGGUGGGGAGAUGGAGGACGGUUCAAAAGUUGGAGCGGCUGAAGUAGACAAAGUUAAUGCGGGAGGGGGUGAGCAGCUUGUGGAGUAGUUAUCGUCUAUUUAUCGUUAUCGAGGCGAACUGCUGAAUACAUUGUGAUAUUUUUGUGGUUCAGUAUUCCACCAAAUCGUGGGAAGACUCCAUCUGUCGGCUCUGCUUGUUUGCAUCCAGGUAGUGGACCACUGUAGUAUUAUGAUAGGACCCAUUAUCUGGACAUGAAGCCUCGGCUAGUGGGAGGAGACUGGAGUUUCCAGCCCAUAAUAAUAAGACUAUUAAUCAAUUAUUUUCACUAACAAGGCAGGCGAUGUUUAAUCAAGUUGGCUAAAUGUGGACGUCCUUAACUAAAACUUCACCGUCUCUUAAAAACUUUCUUCUUCUUCUUCUCUUUCUCUGACUGAAGCUCGCUCUCUUGGCUCCGUGGCUCUGAGGAAAGCUGAAAACAUGGAGGGAGGUCUUCACUUCAACGUCUUCACUGUGGAUUUCAACGAGGAGCUGGUGGCGCUCUACGGCGGCAGUUUGCUCAAGCAGACGCACUUCCUCCACGAGAGCAUCAAGGCCAUCCUGAGGCUCUACAAGGUCAGGCUCCAAAUAUCCUCUCCUCAGUAACGGACAGGGUUACUUAUACCUCAGCGCGAGAGGGUUAUUGCUGUCGCAGUGAUAUUUCAGUGACAGGGGGAUAAUUGCCAAACACGUAUCAAAUAACAUCGACCGACAUCUAAACCUGCUGCUCCAUAAAUGUGAGGAAGAAUCAGGAGAAGAGGAUAAGUUUAUAAAAGCCAACAUGAACAAUUUACAGUCGAUCAGCUCGGUCCAAACGCAGCUUUGAGCGUGGUUAUAUCGAGGUAGGCUUCAUCAGUGUUAAAAGAGAUCUGGCAGCCAGGUGUGGGACACGAGGCUUAAAAGAAACAUGAUCCAGCUAACCGAGCUCCAGUGAGGUCAAGUUUUUUAUUCUCAGUGUGCAAAGACAUCGAACAGAGGAUCAGAUUUCCUCCUAGAUUGACAACAUAGAUGUCUGAUAUAUUGAGUAAAAUGAAGAAGAACAAAACACUGACUGGUUUAGAUUUGUCUGACAGUGACCUUCUUCUUUCCGGUCUGGCAGCACCUGAAGACCCCCCCUCAGAGCGUGGUGUUGGUCGGUCACUCCAUGGGAGGCGUGGUCGCCCGGGCGCUGUUCACUUUGCCUCGCUUUAACAGCAACCUGGUCAGCCUCAUCAUCACCCAGGCCUCCCCUCACCUGGCUCCAGUCCUGGCCCUGGACCCGUACCUGCUGGGUAAAGUGGACUCUCAGAAUCUAGUGCAGCACCUGAACCCUGACAUGAGGAAGUGACUUGUUUGUUUGUGAGUCUUUAAUGCUGUUUUUGACUCGUCCCCGCUCUGUGUAGAUUUUUACUCAGCAGUGAGGCAGAAGUGGGUGAACCAGGCGAGAAAGCUCAGGAACGUCACAGUCCUGUCUGUAGGGGGCGGUUACCGUGACUACCAGGUUCGCUCCGGCCUCAUAUCCCUACCCUGUCCACCUGGAGACCCUAAUAAGUUAUCAUUAGUCGUGAGUAUCUUUAUUAGCCUCGUCAAAUCUGCGAUUCAAACUUUGUACCUGUGCACAGGGUGCUUUUAUUUACCUGGUUAGCUCCAUGGAUGACUCUGCUAAUCCUGCUAAUCCUGCUGUAUUGUCUUGUUUCUGUCAAGGCCACUGCAGUUCCCAGGACAUGGGUGUCCACAGACCAUCUGUCUAUCGUCUGGUAAAAGAACCUGCAUCAGAACAAACAGCGUAUUAAUCACCAUAUUUGGAAAUUAUGCUAAUUUCUUCUAUACAAUGUGUGUCUUUUGUUGUGCAGGUGCAAAGAACUCGUUCUCGCUACGGUCCGGGCGUUCUUCGACCUCGUCAAUCCUGAAACCCGACAGGUGAGCAAAACAAAUAAUAAUGCACGAGUGUAAAUCACCUGUGAGGAAUCAAACGUUGUCAAAGAAGAAAAAUGUUAUUAACUGAAGCCAAGAGGAGCUCUGGCAGCCCGUGAAAUAUUAAAUUAAUGUUGUUUGUUUCCAGUCUUAAUGCUGCGCUUUAAUCAGUUCACAGACAACCCUCUGAAGAAAAUGGCCGUACUUAAUCAUCACUUCAUCAGACACCCUGUCAGGAUGGUGGGAGAGACACAAGACAACUCCAUCUCCAUCUUAGGUAAGAGACAAGAGAUUUAAUAUCCUGUCCUCGGUCUCAGUGGGUCUUUUUCUGACCAGCCACAACACAUCCACAAACCAGGAAAACCCCACAGACUUAAGUGAUCUAUAUUAUGAUACAAAUAUACCUGCAAACCCGCCCCUCUUAUCUCACGGUGUCUCAGUGUUUACAGUCAGAGGUGUGUCUAAGCUUCAGAUUGUGACAUCUUUAUAAAAUCACUCAAAUCUGUCUCUUGUUCUUCUUUUCUCGUCUUUUUCAGAUUCUCCUGAAGCGUGGAGUGAAGUGAACACGCUGCGCCUGGCUUACAGCACACCAAAGGUAACAAACUUCACACCAGUAAAGCAAAUGAACGUCUUGUACACAGUCAUGCUGGCAAAUGAAAAUAAAGAUGUGGAAAAUAAGACGAGUGCAUCGUCGGUCUGUUUCUGCAGGAAGGACAGAUCAAAUACUUUCAGUUCGCUCUGUCGAGUCGGAGGAAAGCCUACAGCCACUUCUACUGCCGAAGCAGCAACCUGGUGAGAGUUCAGAGAUGUUGCACUCAUGAUUAUAAGAUAAUUACCUACAUCAGUCAGUUAUUUUUCCACUUUUAGUCAAGAAAAUAUGAAAAACUUGAUUCUUAUUGUUAUUGUCCAACAGGAGAUGACCAGCUGGGUGUACGGCUGUGUGCACAAAAACGGUUCUUCAUGGUAAGACAGCGGUUUUAUCUUUUUUUUUCCAUGCGAACUGUAUCCUCCUAUCGUUUGGGUUAAUUGACUUUAACCUGAUUUUCCUCCAGUUUGUUAUUAUCACAGAGGAGAUGUAAUGUAAUUCUCCUCUGAAUCAGAUGAUGUCUGCUCUUUGCAGUGUGCACGCAGUUGAUCUGUCCAUGGCCACUGAGCUUCUCCCACCGUACAAGGUUAGCUCUCCACUAAAGAAACACUUGAGUCUCUCCAGGAUCUGGUGCUGAUGUUUCCUCACAGCCGUCUGUUAUCAUCCUCAGGUUCUGGUUCUGAGUCUCAGCGACUUGUCUUCUAUGACUCACCUGGUUGUUUCAGCCUCCAAUCUCAACGGCAGACAGGUACGACAUGAGGACUCUCCACUCUCUGAUGUGAAGAUUUGGUUUGUCUCUGUGGGACUCACCAAAAUUAUUUAACUUUACCAGAAGGGAACAGAAAUUUCAGGUUUCAUAACAAUCCAUACUAAACUGAUUUUUAGUAUGGAAAAAGAUCGUCUCCCUUGACUUUGUUUCUCUCAGUAAAGCAUAUUUAAGGACUAGUGGAAAAUUCUGGCAUCAUCUAAGUCAUAAAAAAUGUUCACCUGUGAACCAUAGGUGUGUAAAAUGAUUUGAAAUCGGCCAAAUUCACUUUUUUCCCAUCUUUGUUUUGUAACGGAAUAAGACAGAAACAAAAAAGAGAAAAUAUCCGAGAAGGACAUCUGAAGAUAACGUGACCAGUAGGGAUGAGAGACAUAAUCGAUUCAUGCGUCGUGAUUUUUUUAGAAACAUUUUUUAAAUCAUUUUUUAUCUUCAAAAAUCCUUUUUUUUAAAUUUAAGAAUAAAUCUUAAAAACUGCCUUACAUGUGAUGAGUAUUUUUUGGGGAAAUAAGGUUCCUGGAAUAGUCAGCAGACAAUCAUAAUCAUUCAACUGUUUCACUGGAGUUAAAUUUGCAGACUAAAGAUCGAGAAAAUCGUACAAGAAUUGAAUCAGGAGAAAAGCAUCUUGUCUCAGUCCUAGUGACCGUCCCUUUUCACCAUCACUAAUUUCUCUUUCUCACAGUUCACGGUGGAGUGUGAGUGGCAGAGACAGGAAUCUCUGACCCUGUCUGUUGCGGUGCCUCAUGUUUUGUCCUUCGGUAAGUCUUCCCGCUGGAGUUUGUCGUCGUUUUUAAACCUCAGAUUUAAAGACGCUGUUUCACUCUCAGUUGAUUUUUCCAGGUUUGACCUCCAGUGACAUUACAGUCAACUCCUCUGGACUUCUUCACUCCGUCAGGCUGGAGCACUUUCACCAGGUAGGUUUUCUCCUCAGCUGCUUCCUGCGCUCUCUGUUUCUCCUCUGCAGCUAAAAUACUUUGUUUGUUUUCAGGCGUACCAGGCAUUCAGGAUCAGCGUUACAAGCCAGUGCAAAGUUCACAAAGGUAAGUAAAUGAUCAGAAACUUACCUCUAAACAUGUCCACUCAUUAAUUAAAGUGUAAUAAGGAUUCGUUGUUUGUGUCUCUGCAGACAGACUGCCUAAUGUGUACAGAAUAAACGUGCCAUGGUUUCGAGAGGACUCUUUAACCACAGUCAGGUAAGCUCCGCCCCCGUCUGUGUUCACGCCAAUGAUUCACAUUCAGACAUAUUCACCGUCUCUGCCAUGGUUUUCGUUUUAUCCGCCUCCAGUGUGCCGUCAGUGACCGAGAUCUCAGGGAUGCUCCACACAAGUCGACCUGACAACACGUCAGGGGUCCUCCUUCAGCUCCACACCGCCCCCAACUGCCAAUAUAAGGUACAGCAGCCAGAAAGAGAGCACGUUUUCAGAGCAGGGUGGAGUAAAUGUUUAUGCAUCAAAACUACUUGAUUUGGUCGAGUUUGGGGUUAGAAAUAUACUAUCGAUUAAUAUAAUCAAUCAGCACGUUUCUAAGUGAUCUUCUUUAUCCUUUGAUUUUCCCCUCAGGUGUCAGUGAGGACGUCAUUACCCAGAGUUCUCGGACAGGUAUGAUUUUUAAGUUCUUCCUUCGUCUUAAACAAACAGCAGAAGUCCCUCAGGUCCUGAUCUGAUCUCCUGUUUCUCACCUGACAGAUUCUGAGGUUCUGUGGUCCCAUGGUCCCGGUCUACACAGCUGUGACUCUCCUUCUGGCCUGUGGGGAGCAGCUGUCCUUCAUCCUGAAGUCCAGGCGAGCUGCAGACAUGAGCCAGGUGGUGGGAAAGGGUCUGCAGCCUCAUAAAGUCAAUCUGCCGGUUUAUCUCCUCCACAUCUUACUCAGGUGGGCUUCAAACUAACCCCGACCCUGGAGUUUUUUAAUCCCUGAAUAUAACAGGACAUUUUCCCCCUCUCUCCUCUCAGCUGUAGCUGCUUUGAAGAAAGCUGGUCGACGCUCUUUCUCCCUCCCAUGGAUUCCCUCCCUCCGACCACCCCUGACACAACUUUUCACGACGGUACAAUUCCAGUCGAAGAGUGGCCACACCUCCUGUCUCCUCUGCUGUACACUUUCGGGGCAGCUGUGGCGUACUGGGGCAGCACACUGCACCGUCUUCUAGUGCGACUCGUCUCCCUCAUUUUAGCUCCACUGCACAGGUAUGAGAACACACUUCGACUCAGAUCAGUGUGUUAAAUCUCAGCUCAUGAGUUUGAGUGUUUUUGGUCUGAAGGAAUAAUUUCUGCAAAAGUUCUGGAGUUGAUUGAGUCGAAUCAAAAUAAAAAUAUGCUUUCACAUGAAUCACUAAAAGGAUGUUUUGCUCCUUUAUUCUCCCAAAUUUGUUUUUUUUUUCUACUUUCCAUGCAGGCCGUCUGUCUCCAGACACUGCGGCACCCUCCGUCUGCGGACUCAAGUCUUCAUUAUUCUGUGUUUGGCUGUUUUGGGUGGGGCGUCUUGUGCAGCUCUGUCAGUCUGUUUGGCUUUCCUCCUCCACCUCUACAGAGUGAGUCUAAGACACUAGAAUAUAACUACAACCAUUCUGUGACACUUUAGCAACAAUAAUUUAACCAAAUGAUUAGAAAUAGAUGUUUUUUUUAACCACAAUGAACUGACCUUCUUUGCUUCUGCAUGUGCAGGUUCUGAGGCUGCAGAUGACAGAAAGAUCUUUGAGUCACAUGUUGAAUCUGGUGAGAUUUUAAGGCUGAUUUUUACCGUCUCAUUCAUGGCAGUGGAGGAGCUUGGGUGUCUACAUUUAUAUGACUGCAAUAUGGUUUUUGAAAUCCUCCUUAGGCGCCCCGGAAGCACAAAGAAACUGAGAACGGCUCGAUCGAUGCUGAAUCCUUAAACAAACUUAAGGAGUGUAAUGGCGCCCCCUUGCUGUCAGAGUACGCACUGCAGGAGGUGAGGGAUGACUUACAGCUCCACCUCAGCCUGUCGGUGCUCUUCACACUGCCUGUCAUGCUCGUGGCGCCCUCUCUCAUCCACUGGACCCGCAACCUGAGGUACUGUACUGAAACAAAAGCUGUGAGGAGGAGACGCACGUCGGUACAUUUGAGUCGAACAGCUGCGGUUUUUCGUCCUUAAUCCUUUUUUAUGCAUUCAGCUCUUUGUCGGCUUCGUUUUUAAAUCCACAUCCUGAUCCUCUGCAGGUAUUCCCACCUGUUGGAUCCUGACCCCGGCUGGCCGCACCUUGUGCCUCUUAUUAUUGUGUACAUGCUGCUUAUUAACUGCAACACUUUGAAACUCAGCAACAGGUGAGAGCAACAGCAUCACAUAAACUCUCCUGCUCUCUCUGAUACAGCAGCCGAAUCCUUCUUAACUUCCUCUUCAUGUCUUUCAGUAAACUCCUCCCCCUGACAUCCCACCUCCCUCUCCCUUUGGCCAUCGCCAUGGUGACCUUCUCUCCGCUCCACCUCUACAGAGUCACCUAUUUCCUGUUGACGGCACUCAUCCCUCUGGCUUUGGGGAGUCUUCUCUGACGGUACCUGGCUGGUUUCAGUCCACAUCUCUACCAUAACAAGCCUUCUUUAGCUCACAGCUUUACUCGCUGAAGCUGUCGGGGAUGAGCUCGUCCCCCGUAAAGACUCACUCCAUCUCGCUGCUGUGGAGCAGAGCCAUAGACAUACAUAGCUUGGGGAACUGUCUGCUCAAUGUGAGCGCUAAAAGCUCCACGGUGAUUACACUUAGAUUUAAACGAGAGGAUGUAAUGGCCUUGGAACUUUUGGUGCGUCAAAGGAUCGACCUGAAACCAAGUUUGCCUUACUCUGUAUAUCUAUAGCUCUGCCUUCAAGGAGCAUCAACUCCACAACCAGUGAAGCUACUGAUACAAGAGGUUCACAACAGGGUGUUACUGUAACAACAUGUGGGUUUAGCUUUUUGAUUUUUAGCGCUUGUUAUGGUGGCGUGUUCACUGCGCUGUAAACUCCUACACUGCCUAACGCUUAGCUAAGACUUCAAGCUGUGUGCGAUCUCAACUUUCUGACUGUUGCAGCGCAGCCACUGAAAAAGGGAAGGUGACGUUCAUUCCACAAGGAAAAUCCAAAGUAGUCGUGUUUACAUUCUUCCUUAUCCAUAUGUUACAGCAGAGCGAAAGGGAAACAGCAGUAAGAUGAAGGCUGUCAAUGAAAAUGUUUUCAGUGCUUCUGUAGGUUUACUCCACGCUCUCUCAAACAACCUCACACUCUACAAAUCAUUUUUAGGUUUGCAUGAAUCCGGCACAAGUUCACUAAACUCACAUAGGCUGAAAUGACUGAAAAAGACCAACAGACUCCGAUUUAAUCUAGAGAUGUUCGUAGUUUUUUAUGAGGGAAUUAAAAGUUGAAAAAGCCAUCUAGUGUAGCCCAGAGUAUCAGUCAAAAUCGAGCGCUGAGUGUGGAGAGACUGAGUGUGGCUAACAUUAGCAGAGCUAGCACCUUUAAUCUGACCUGCAGACGCCUGUGCUGGUUACAAAUCGCUCUAUUUUUAUCAUGUUGCUCUAAAUCCUGAUGAGCCGCGCCGUGCAAUGAGAUCCCAUCUAUCAUCUGUGCAUUAUGGCUGUCUUCACUCACUGAGCUGCAGUCCCAGUUAGUGGUUGGUGACUGACUUUCAGACCUGUCAUAACAGAAAUAUUAACAACUCGUUUCUCACGAGUAAUAAGAUGCACACUAUAAUGUUCCUCCAGUAUGAUGAAUAAUUGCACUGAUAUUGAGUUUUUCAGAAUAUCAAGUUUUCACACAGUUCAUCCCUAAAGAUCACCACGAGGAAAAAUGUAAAUGUUUGACACCUGAACCUGCUGGACUGGUGAACUUUCUUUGAACCAUCAUGAGAUCUUUUUUUAACUAAUCCUGUCCUGUGUGUGUCAGAGUGGGGUACGUUAAAAAGACUUGUGGGCCAAAUAUAUUUCGCCUUCUGUUCUUGUUGCAAGUUUUUUUUUUAUGUUAAUCUGUUUGCACAUACUGUCACCUCACUGCCGCCUUUUUUCUUUUUUUGUGAUUUGCAGUAUCUUUGCGUAACACUGUGGGCGAUCGAGAUUGAUCUACCAAGUUUUUAUUUAACUUUUGAUUUUAUGGUUGCCUUUCUGUAACUCUUUUUGCUCAAAAACUUGUCUUAUUCUCUGCGUUGCAUCCUCCUGCUGUUGCUCACACCCCCUCAUGUCAGUGACGCAGCUGCUGUGCCUUUCUGCUUCCUCCUGUAUGCAGCAGUCUUUCUGUUUCAUACCUGCCUGUCAGCUGAAAACCAUGCAGUCCUCAGCAGUAGUGUCUUUGCUCUAUGCUGUGAAUGUAAGUGUACUUUACUGUUUUCUCACAAACUUAGUCCUAUAACACAGUAGUGAAAUCUCAAACGAGUAACUUUAUGAAAACACGACACCAGAGAGUGUUUCAUUAGGGACCAAGCCUCUGAGGUAGGCGUACAAUCAUUUGUUACCGUGCUCUGCAAAAGCCCAACGUGAAUGUACCCGCGCUGAAUGUCUCUACAUGUGUGUGUUUGACUUCCUACUGUUACUAGUGCUGUAAGUGAUCUGUGCACUCGUCUGUUUGGUGCAGUUUUAGUGCUUUGAGAUGCACAUCGUCUGCCUCGUGGUGAUUGGUGGCACACACUACUUUGUAGAACAAAUUAGUAGAGAUGAAGAUUUUUGUUUUUUAUAUAAAUAUUAAUGUGAUUUCUAUCGGUGUUCACUGUGAUCAUGUCGUAGUACAAGUUUUACACAUGAAGGUUUCCUCUUACCAAACUGGAAAAUCAACUGUAGGGAAAAAGAUGGGAUUUUUAUCCCUAGAGGAAUAAUUUUUUAGUAUAGUACGCUUUUUAGAUGAAACUAUCAAUGUGUGUUUGACGUCUGUUUAAAAUUAAAAACUUUGCAGAAAUGAGGAAAAUCAGCAAAAUUUUAAAAAUGCUUUAAAAAAAUUCAAAUUAGACUCAAAGUAAACAUGAAUAUAUUCCACAUUUUAUAAACGCUCAGUCUUAAAGGUACAGUGUGUGGAAAACACUCCCUUGCUCACCCCAAUGCGAGGUUCUUUUACUCAUCCUUUGUGCACAUAUUAAAGCCUACGUUUAAGUUAACAAAAACACAAUUAUUUUUAUUUUAAGGUAAAUAUGCACUAAUUUAAACACACUUAUGAAUAAUAUCUUCUAUUUCCUUUAAGUCUGUUGUUCAGCUUAAACACUACGCACUGUACCUUUAAAUACUGCCAUUAUAAAAACCGGUAUGGACUGUGAUCCUGUUUCUUUUUGUUGUUGUAGAGCUUUGACGAACGUACCAUCUAAACAAACAAAGACUGGGGAAAAAAUGGGUAUAUUCAUUAGUUACAUAUUAAUAUAACUGUUGGUAUUGUUCACUGUCUAAUGAAGCUUUUGGAUUAAGUUGAACAAACAGUGUUUUAUUGAAAAACUUUAAUUUUAAGCUCAAAGAUAGGGACUCUUAUUUAAAUCUAAGACACUUUUUAACACAUUGAGAGGGUAUGUUCACAUCUACUGCUUUACAGACAGGGGCUUAAUCCAUACAAUAUAUUAAUUUUUAAUUGACAAACACAAUAUAAGGAUUGAGUUCAGAUUAAAAGCAAAAGUGUUUUAUUAUUUAUGUGUCUAAUUUUUUGCAGAAGGGUGUGAAAUCAAAAAUUGUGACUAAAUCUGACUUUUUUUCAUUGUCUAUCUGGUGAUAUGGAAGUAAUAUUUAUAUUAAAUGUAACUCUUGUCUUUAAGUGCUUUAAAGUCUGGUUAACCUAUCAGUUACUCUUCUUCUGCUUCUGCCUAGAGUGACUUUUAAAACCUGUAACCUCCUGCUAGCUGGUCCUUGCGCAGAACUAGUUAGUCUUUGCUAAAUGCUGUCCCAUGCAGUAAGCUGAAGGGAGUGGACGUCUGAGGGAUGGUUGUGCUGUAAUUGAAUUUGGUGGUGAGGAUCCAUGAGUGGAAGAGUAUGUUCUCCUCAGGUUAAAGUAAAUGUGUCAAAACUGAUUGUGUCGAUGUUUUUUAUAUUUUUCACAUUUUUAACUGAUGUCAUUGUAAAUGGGCAAACUGUGCAAUUUUUGGCACUAUUGUUGUUGCAAUAAAAACAAGAAAAUA